ACAUGUCCUAAAAGAUGAAGAAAGCAGCAUAGAAAGUCUACUUUUCUCUCUCAGCAGAUUGUUUGUGGUGUCUGUCAAACUACCACGGCCAAACCCUUCCAAGGAAAAUCCACUUUUUCUUAAGCAGUAAGGUGGUAGAAACUGUAAUUUCCCUAAAAUCCAGGCUCAGUGUUAUAGCCCUUGUAGACCCCACUCCAUCUUCCUCGGUUCCAUCGACAAACACUAGAAAAAACUCAGACGCACACCAAAUUACAGGCAGUGUGAAAUACCUGUGGCAUGAAAUCUUUGUAACAUAUAAACCCCCAAAAAGAAAGUGAAAAUUUUGAUAAUAAAGAGCACAAUGCUGUUGAGAGGAGGGGCAUUUUCGGCAUGCAAUGCUGCCAUAAGCGAAAACCGGAACACUUUCGGAUUUUCCAAUUUAAUUCGCCGGCAAAAUGGGAAUGGAUUCGUGUCGUGCAAUUCUUCGGGCCGGGCUCGGAAGGGCCAAUUGUUCAUGAUUCUGGCGGUGGCCACUGGCGAGGCGAAAACCAAACAUCAGGAGUCGAGCCACGAGCCGACACUGGCGGAUCGGCUCCGACUUGGCAGCUUGGCUGAGGACGGCUUGUCGUAUAAAGAAAGGUUCAUAGUGAGGUGCUAUGAGGUUGGAAUUAAUAAGACUGCUACCGUUGAAACCAUUGCCAAUCUCCUGCAGGAGGUUGGCUGCAACCAUGCUCAAAGUGUUGGGUUUUCAACUGAUGGAUUUGCAACUACACUUACCAUGAGAAAAUUGCAUCUCAUAUGGGUGACUGCUCGUAUGCACAUCGAGAUCUAUAGAUACCCUGCCUGGAGUGACGUGCUUGAAAUAGAGACAUGGUGCCAAAGCGAAGGAAGGAUUGGUACAAGACGUGAUUGGAUUCUCAAAGAUUAUGCUACUGGUGAAGUCAUUGGAAGGGCUACCAGCAAGUGGGUGAUGAUGAACCAAGACACAAGACGGCUUCAGAAAGUUACUGAUGAUGUCCGUGAUGAAUAUCUAAUUUAUUGUCCCAAAACACUUAGAUUAGCAUUUCCUGAAGAGAAUAAUGCUAGCCUGAAGAAAAUAGCAAAACUAGAGGACCCUGUGCCACACUAUAAAAUUGGGCUUGUGCCAAGACGAGCUGAUCUGGACAUGAACCAGCAUGUAAACAAUGUCACAUACAUUGGAUGGGUCCUGGAGAGUAUGCCUCAAGAGAUCAUCGACACUCACGAACUGCAGACUAUUACUUUAGAUUAUAGACGUGAAUGUCAGCAGGAUGAUGUGGUCGAUUCCUUGACAAGUCCCGAGUCAAUAAUGGACAACGCAAUUUUAGAGCUUGAGGGAACUAAUGGAUCUGCUACUGGUAUGAAAGAUGAAAACGACUGCCUUCAGUUUCUUCAUCUGUUGAGAUUAUCUGAUGGCUCUGAAAUUAAUCGUGGGCGCACAGAGUGGAGAAAGAAACCUGCAAAAAGAUGAGCUUUGUAACUAGCUCUACUCUACACAUCUUUUAGCAGUCUAAUCUUAUCAUCUGGAAAUUUUUUUCCCUUUUUUCUUUUCGUUUCUUGUUUUUAGUACUUUCUUGGGUGCUACCGGUGGAUUUUGCUUGAAAUUCAAGUUUACACAUUCGGAAAAAGAGGAUUAAUUUCAGUGACCUUAAAUUGUGCAUCUAUUUUGUAUCCAGUUAAAGAAAUUUAUCAUUGUAUUAAAUUA